AUGGCUUCCAGCUUUAAGAAGCCAAACGCGGCCUCUACCAGCCAGAAAAGAAAGGUGGGUCCUAAGCCUGAACUCACUGAAGAACAGAAGCAAGAAGUUCGCGAGGCGUUUGACCUCUUCGAUGCCAACGGAAGUGGGACCAUCGACGUGAAGGAGCUGAAGGUGGCCCUGAGAGCGCUGGGCUUUGAACCCAGGAAGGAAGAGAUGAAGAAGAUGAUCUCCGAAGUGGACAAGGAAGGCGCAGGGAAAAUCAGCUUCAAUGACUUCCUGGCCGUGAUGACUCAGAAGAUGGCCGAGAAAGACACCAAAGAAGAAAUCCUGAAGGCUUUCAGGCUCUUUGAUGAUGAUGAAACUGGGAAGAUCUCUUUCAAAAACCUCAAGCGCGUGGCCAACGAGUUAGGGGAAAACCUCACUGAUGAGGAGCUGCAGGAAAUGAUUGACGAGGCAGACCGCGAUGGAGACGGCGAAGUGAACGAGGAAGAGUUUCUUCGGAUCAUGAAAAAGACCAACCUAUACUGA